AUUUCGUUUCACGAGGUCUCACUUUCUGUGCGUCCCCUUGAAAAACCGCGUGGUGUAUCUCUCUUUCGUCUCAACCUGAACAUGGCGGACUCACUUGCCAGUGCGGUCGUUUUCGACUUCUUAAACAAAAAAGACAAAUCUGUUGCCACAGUUUUUCAAAACAAAUGCAAACCGCAACAACUUGUUAAAGGGGCGCCUAGCAUUAUCGACUUGGUAAAUCAUUAUCUGAAAAGCGGACAACAUGCGACCAGACUAAAAUCAGUUAGUACUGAAUCUAGUAGUGAGGAUAGCAGUGAUGAGGAAGAAUCACCCCCGCCAAAAAAAGCUGUACCUGUAUCAAAUGGUAAAGCAAAGCCUGCUGCAAAAGCAGCAGAAAGUAGUUCUGAGGAAGACUCCAGUGAAGAGGAGGCCAAACCAGUAAACAACACUGUGAAACCAGUAGCCAAGGUUGCUCCAGCUAAAAAGCAAGAAUCUUCAUCUGAAGAAGAUAGUUCUGAGGAUGAAGAACCCAAGAAAGGUGCUGCUAGUAAACCACCUGCCAAGGCAGUACCUGCUAAAAAUGGAGCUGCAAAAAAAGCAGAAUCAUCUGAAGAGGAUAGCUCUGAUGAAGAAACACCUGCUGUGAAACAGGUACCGGCAAAGACCAUUCCCGCAAAGACCGUCACACCAGCCAAAAAAGCAGAGUCGUCAUCAGAAGAGGACAGCUCUGAAGAUGAGGCACCUAAGAAAACUCCCGCUAAAGCACCAGUUGCAAAGAAAGCAGAGUCCAGUUCCGAAGAAGAUUCGUCUGAAGAAGAAACCAAACCAGUUGCUAAGGCGACAACUAAACCUACAGCACCCGUGAAAGCGGUUGCAAAGAAGGCUGAAUCCAGCUCGGAAGAGGACUCCUCUGAUGAGGAACCAGCCAAGCCAGCAGUGAAAUCACCAGCUGUUGCAAAGCCAGUUGCUAAAAAAGCAGAGUCGUCUUCUGAAGAUUCUUCAGAUGAUGAAGAACCCAAGAAAGCACCUGCAAAACCAGUGCUGAAAGCAGCAGCUGCUAAGAAAGCCGAAUCAAGUUCCGAGGAUUCCGAGGAUGAUUCAGAUGAUGAUAGUGCAAAGAAAACUCCUGCAAAACCAGUUGCAGCUGCUAAACCGGUAGCAAAGAAGGCAGAAUCAUCUUCGGAGGAGGAUAGCGAUGAUGAAGAGCCUCCAGCGAAAAAGGCUGUUGUCACACCACAAAAGAACGGUAUGAAUGUUGAUGACGACGAAGAAGAAGAAAGUAAAACACCUAAACAAGGACAAAAGAGGAAAGCAGGAGAAGAGGGCGAUGAUGAAGUAUUUAACUCUGCCAAAAGAACAACUACGGCAACUUCGUCAAAGAGGGUGAAGGCAAUGAGAACGGUGGAGAUUGGAAGGCCCGCAACAGUUUCGGUCGUGGUGGACGCGGAGGUGGUGAUCGCGGUGGACGUGGAUUUGGUGGUCGGGGUGGACGUGGCGGUUUUGGCGAUAGGGGAGGACGUGGAGGUCGCGGCGGAUUUGGGGAUAGGGGUGGACGCGGAGGGCGAGGUGGAUUUGGCGAUCGUGGUGGACGUGGAGGUUUUGGUGACCGCGGUGGUCGUGGCGGCUUUGGUGAUCGCGGUGGUCGCGGCGGUGGCUUCAGGAAAUCUUUCGAUGGCGGCGAUAAUGGUGGACGUGGGGGAUUCAGAGGGGGUCGCGGCGGUGGAUUCAGAAAUAGUUUCGGCGACAAACCUGCGGAGAAUAAAAAGAUCACGUUCGAUUAAGUCACCAGCACUUGUUUAAGCAAAAUAAGCCAGAUUUUAAAUAUGUAUAUAAAAUAGAGAAAUGCACGUGGUUCUUGGGGAGAUCGAGCUAAUCAAGACUUGAAGCACACGCGGGGUAAGUCCUUCCGCCAUGAGAAGACGAAAAAGAAGCGAGGGUCAUACCGCGGUGGUCCAAUUGACAUGGGUGUCAACUCUAUCAAGUUUGAUGAUUAGCCAGAAAAUUGUCUCGUCAAGAAUUACGCCUCGACUGGAAUCGUUCUUGUUCUACUUUUGCUAUAUUCCUACUUAACGUGUUAAGUAAAGCACUAAUUUGACUUAAGCAUGAUGCUUGAUCGGCAUAUUGAGCCAUUAAUCGAUUAUUAUAAUUUUAUUCAUCCUUGUAUGCAUUACACGAAAUGAUGUGUGGUUCUAGUUAGUACUAUUAUGGAUUUCCAAUUUGUUUUUGUAUUUCGUAUAUCCAUGUAAGAAUUCAUAAUGUUAAGACGUGCCGAAAAUCUGUGAUGUGUACUGAAGGUGGAACGACACAUUGUUAUUAGAAAAUAGAUAUUACAUAAAGUCUCGGAAAUUUCAAUAGAUACGAUGAUUUGUAGAAUGGAGCAUAUUUACCGAUUAUUAUGAUUGAUGUUAAAUAUCUUUUAUGUGAAAUGUUGAUUUAAACGUUUUUAUCUCAACGUUUAUAAAUAAACAUACAGAUAUACAAUGAGAA